AUGGCAGCAGUUGGCAAUGGGAACGUUGGCCGCUUGUUGUCUAUGCAAAAAGAAGCCCAGGAGGGUGCGAGAGGGCGUGGCACAAAUAACAUGAGAGACCUGUGGCUGGGAUGUACUGUGACAGAUUUAAUCCUGGCGUACUUCCGUUCUGUGAAAGCGAACAUGAUGCAGACAGUAAUUGGCAACACCCUAUUCACAACUAGUGCUCACUGUCUCAGAUUAGAUAAGAAAGCAACAUUGAAAGCAAUAGGGCACACAGUUGUUGCAGGAAAAGUUCAGAUUCACCUCCUUUAUGACAACAUCAAUCAGUACCACCAGGCAUGGAGAGCCAACUUGACGACUCAGAGUGCGCUGGAAAGCGGGAUGGCAGCAAUGGUCAUUGUAAAUCCGGAUGUGGAUCCAAAAGCGUUCGAUGGCCCAGGGUAUUACCAACGGAAAGCCGAGGCUACAGGAAAGGGAGAACUCACAUUUGAGAAGCUCAAGUUGGACCUUGAUGCCAGCCAGUUGGAAAGUGCUGCAAUUGCAAAUAUCCUAAGGAUUCUCACCAAAUACAUCCCUGAGUUGGCACGAUUCAAGCAGGAUGUCGACAAUUUCCAAUACAAGAAGCAUUCAAAGCACCGCAUCAAGCUGGAGAAGACAGAGUACCAUCUACUAGAGUGCUCGGGCUUUAAUGAGGCCUACACUCAGGGAAACCGCGAUGUCAUUCUUGAUGCGUUUGUCUGUCAGUUAGGAGUCAGCCGCAAGGAAUUGGAAGGGAGGCAGUUUCCGGUGUCCAGCAAUCAAUCUACCAUUGCACACAUUCACACGUUGCUUGCACAAACAUCGACAUGCCGCACCUGGUUUACUUCUCAUAAAUGGGUCCUUCCAGUCAUCGAACUUUGGCACAUGAAAUGGACAUUUCUGAAGGGUAUUUACAAAGCGCACUGGGCAUCUAAAGUCGGCAAAGGCGAUAUCGGUCUUCGCUUUGCAGCUGAUCGACUGGGGUGCAAGAUUAACCCUGAUAAAGUCGACUUCUAUCCAGGUUUCCGGCUUGCUGAGGUUGUUCUAAUCACCAUGACUCUCCAUUUUUCCAGUGUGCAUGUGCCCAAUGUCCCCACCCCCAACCCCAGUCCCUUCCCCCAAUUGUCACCUUCGGACCCUGAUCUUGACCAUGGGCUUUCCAUUAUGAGCGCUGACGAUGACAACAACAAUCACAACACAGAUAGGUUGAGCAACGGUGCUGGUGCGCCACUUCCUAGCCCAGCCUCCGUUCUGCCUCAGCGCCGGACAGACCUCAACAAUGCAAGUGAGGAUGUGCAGCCUGCCCCUUCAGCUGACAAUCCUGAAGGUGACACACUUCUUUAUAACAACAUUCUCCUUUAUCGCGAUCUCUUGCAUCUUUAUGAGUUCAAUACAAGUGUACAUGAUGGUGACAUUGGCCAGACAUAUGAAAUCAUCAAGUGGCUCUGCUUUUAUUUUUUUGGGGUUGGUUCCCCAAACUAUGGUAAUGAACUUCUUCACCAAGGCAGUUCCACAAGUGCGAUCCUCUCCAAGAGCACCUCAACUUUUGGCUGA